CCAGACUUCUAAGUAACUGAAAUUCGAAGGUAGAAUCGUUUGACUGUUUGAGUAAUUAGUAAUUACUAAUUAACUUUACUCUUUAGUCUUUACUACUUAGUGAGUGACUACAACUUAGUCUCUAGUGUUAAAUCGUUUAGUCUUAAGUAUCCAUUGAAAAAUGUCUACAUUAGAAUCAAUUGAUAUUCAAGGUAUUAGAAGUUAUCAUCCAGAUGAAAAACAAACUUUAAAAUUCCAAAGACCCCUGACGUUGAUUUUGGGGCAAAAUGGUUGUGGAAAAACUACUAUAAUUGAGUGUCUGAAAUAUAUCACAUGUUCAGAUCUACCCAAAAAUACAAAACAAGGCGGUUUUGUUUGGGAUCCUAAACUAUCAGAUCAUCAUACUGUUAAAGGAAAAGUAAAACUAUCAUUUCAUGAUACUAAAGAUACCCGCGUGGUGGUUUCUAAGACUUUAGAAUCUACUCAAAAGUUAACAACUGUCACUACAAAAUCACUUGAUCAAACAAUUUCUAGAAAAGGCCAGAGUACUUCACACAAAUGUGCAGAUGUUGAUGAUGUCAUGUGUACUUAUUUAGGUGUUUCAAAAUCUAUUUUGAAAGAUGUCGUUUUUUGUCAUCAAGAGGAUUCUAGUUGGCCUUUAGAUGAAGACAAGAAGGUAAAAGAAAAAUUUGAUUCAAUAUUUGAUGUUGGAAAAUAUGAAAAAUGCAUUAAACAAAUUCAAACAGAAAUAAAGGGUAUUAAUGGAGAUAUUAAGGCAACCAACAUUAAAAUACAAAAUUUUUGGAAAUUUCGAGAAGAAGCACGUAACAAAAGGGCUACACUUGAAAAUAAAAAAUGUAGCUUAGAUGAACUACAGCUAAAAAUGAAAAAUAUUGAAAAAGAAUUAAAGCCUCUUGAUGAGAGAUAUAAACAAAUUUUGUAUAAAGAAGAAAAUUUUUCUUCUUUAAAAAAUAAAUUAUUAACUUCAGAAGGAACUUUGAAUUCUAUUAGAUUAGUUAUAACUGAUUUAAAAUUGUUGAUCAAGAUAGAGUUUAAAGGAAAUGACUCAGAUCUAGAUGAAGCAUUAGAAAAUUUUAAUAAAAAUUUGCUUCAAAAAGAAAAAGAAAAGUAUAAACUUAUUUAUCAAAAAAAUGAUGCAAUUACUAAUGAAAAUAAUAUACAAGAAAAUAUAAGCAAAGAACAAAUAAAUUUAGGAAGAUAUCAAAGUGAAGAAAAACAAAAUCAAAAUAAUGUACAAAAACAAAAUGUAAAAAUAAUUGAAUUAGGCAAUGCAAUGAAGAUUGAUUUGCCAGACUUAACAGAACUUAAUCGUACUGAAGUGAUAAGUAAUCUUUCAAACAGCUUAAAUUCAAUGAAUGAUAAAUUAGAAUCUACUCAAAAAGAACAUAGAGAAAUUGAAACUAAGUUGCAAUUAAACAUUGAUUCAAUGAGAGUAGAAAAAGCAAAACUAGAUCAAGAAAUAAAAAUCAAAGAAAAACAAAUCAUGGAAAAUACUUCUGAAAUUAAAAAAUUAAAAAAAGAGUUUGAACAAGUAAAAAAUUCAGCUGAAAAGUUGUCAGCUUUACAAGAAUCAAAAUAUGAUAUUGAAACAAAACUAAAUGUGCUCAAGGGAUCUUUUAAUAUUGAUGAUGUGAAAACAGAAAUAAAUAAAAAAAAGGCAGAAAGAUAUGAACAAAAUAUGAAAUUUGAAGUUAUUGAAAAAGAAAUACAAAAAUUGCAGUUAUUAAGUACUGUACAAGCAGAACUUGACGCUGUUAUAUCGAAUAAGACUGGAAUAGAAAAUAAACUAAAAAUACUUAAAAACAAAGUGAACAGUGUAUUAAAAGAUUUACUGGGAUUUAUACCACAGGAAAAACUCAAAUUUGAGUUUACAUCAUUUUUAGAUAAAUUAUCUGAUACAAUCAGAUGCAAUCGGAAAAGUAUAACUGAUAAACAAAAACAGUUAACUACAUUAGAAGCAAAUUAUAACCACACUAAAGAAAAAUUGCGUACAAAACAAAAAGAUCUUUCCAAUGAUGAGAAUGCUCUAAGCGAUAUGUGUCAAGAUCAAGAAUAUGAAACAAUAUUAAAAGAAGUUAAUGAAAAAGUGGAAGAAUUGCAAGCUCAAAAAGGUUCUGUAUCAACUUCUGGUCAUCUUUUUAGACGAUACAUAAAAAAUUUGGAAGCUCAGGAUCCUAGUUGUCCAUUGUGUCAUCGAUGUUUUGGAUCUGUUGAUGAAGUGACUGAACUGAUUAAUGAUUUAAAUAUGAGAGUACAUAAAAUUCCAAGUGAACUAGAAAUAACAACUACACAAUUAGAAAUACAUUUAGAAAAGCAAUCAAAACUUCAACAAUUAAAACCUACUUAUACUCGAGUAUCAGUUUUGAAACAAACAGAAAUACCUAAUCUGAAAAAUGAACUUGAAAGUAUAAGCAAUAGCUUGAAAAAAUGUCGUGAUGAACUUACUAAAUUAUCAGAUGAAAAUGGAAAACUAGAAACUAAUGAAAUAAAUGCAAAGAAUAUUCAGUCUGAUAUAGUAAUGAUUGAUAGUUUUGAUAAUGAUGUUAAACGAUAUUUAAAAGAAGAACAGCGUUUAACAACAAAAAUAAAUGAAUCUGGUUCUAUUAGAAAUCUUCAAGAAACAAUUUCUGAAAAGAAUGCUUUAAAAAAUAUUAUAAAUGAAAUUUGCAAUGUUCUGGAAAAAAAACAGCAUGCAUUAAAUGAAUAUACUGAAACCUUACAUAAAUUACAAACACAACAAAAUAAAAUAACUAGUGAUGAAUUAAAUAUAAAAAGUAAAAUGCAAGAUGAAAAGAGUGUGAUAGAUAAAUUGAAAGAUUUACAGAAUCUUGAAGCAACAUUAAGUUUAGAAUUGGACAAUGCCAGAGAAAAAAUAGAACCAAUACAAGAAAAGUUAAAUAUGUAUAUUAAUACUUUUGAACAAACUAAAAAACAGCAAAGUAGACAAAUCGAAAAUAGUAGAAGAGAAAUAAUCAUGCUUGAAAAAAAAAUUCAAGAAAUAAAUAACUUGCAGUCUUCAAUUGAUAAUUAUGAAAAAAAAGAAUGGACUUUGCGCAUUAAGGAAACAAAUGAAUUAUUGGAUAAUCUCACUAAACAAAAAAUGAAUUUUGUUGAAGAACAGAAAAACUUACAAAAACAGAUUGAUUCCAUUAAUGAAUAUAAUGCCAGUCAAGAGAUUAAAAAAAUAGACUUAGAAAAUAACAAAAAAUUAAGAUUAAAAUUAAAAGAAGAAAUUGAAUGUUUAUCUAAAACAAACAAACUUCAUGAAGAUAUUGGAUCUAUGGAUGUGAGCAGAUUGAUUGAUGAAAAAGAUGCUAAUAGAAAAAAAGUUGAAAGUUUAUUAGUUGAGAAAAAUAAAUCUCUUGGUAGAAAACAAGAAUUGGAAAAUAUUAUUAUGCAAAUCACAGAAGAGUUGUCAGCUAUUCAUUACAAAAAUGCUGAAGAUAUAUAUUUACAUGAAAAAGUACAAUUAGAAAUAUUAUUUCGUGUUGAAAAAGAUUUGAUGAAGUAUAAUAAAGCUCUUGAAUGGGCAAUGAAUCGGUUUCAUAAAGAAAGAAUGCAAAGUAUUAAUACUAUUAUUAAAAAAUUGUGGAGGGAUAUUUAUAAUGGCAAUGACAUUGAUUAUAUUAAAAUAAAGACAUCUUCUGAUGAUAAACCAAUACAAACAGAUACAAUUAAGAAAAGAACCUUUAACUAUAGAGUCGUGCAAAUAAAAAACGAUGUUGAAUUGGAUAUGCGAGGAAGAUGCAGUGCAGGCCAAAAAGUUUUGGCAUGCCUAAUUGUAAGAAUGGCAUUAGCAGAAACUUUCAGUAAAAAUUGUGGUAUACUUGCACUAGAUGAGCCUACUACAAAUUUAGAUGAAUCUAAUAUUCAAAGCUUAGCUGAUACAUUAUCAGAAAUUAUAACACGUCGCAGCGCUCAAAAAUCAUUCCAAUUACUCAUCAUUACUCAUGAUGCUAAUUUCUUACAUAAAUUGUCUGCCAGAGAUAUGGUUGAUACAUAUUAUGAGGUGAAAAGAAAUAAUGAAGGAAUUUCAAUUGUGUGUGAACAAGAUAUAAAACUGUUACCUUAAGCUUAUAAAAAAAUGUUAUGUUUAUUGUUAUAUAUUUUUUUUUUUUUAAUAAUUAAACAUGACUUUUUAGUUAUU